UUCGUUGAGUUUUGCUUACUUGAAUGGACUGAAAUAUACUUUGUUACUUCUUAAUUCUUCCUCUAUGACAAAAAUAUUUAAUUUUCUUAGUAAAAAUAAAAUACCUAAGGAUUGAACGGAAUACUCAAGAACCCAAGAUCAAGUCAAAAUACCCAAGAUCUUGGGUAAAUACCCAAGCAGUGUUCACGCUGGUUAUGGAGAUAGGAGUUAUCUAUCUUGCGCCGCUUAGCGGCGCUAUACGAUCUUUGGUAGAGGACACAUGUUGGAACAAGCCUAGGCCUAGUUGGCACCUGCAACUGUAGUGUGAACCCAGUUUUCUUGCAAACAUUCCAGAAAUGGCUGACACCGAUCAUGAUUUUCCAUUUAAGGCAGAGUAUGCUAAAAGUGGUAGAUCUAGUUGUAAACUAUGUAAGAAUUCGAUAAGUAAAGAGACGCUGCGACUUGCUAGAAUGGUACAGUCACCUGUUUUUGAUGGCAAGAUACCGAAUUGGUUUCAUUUCGCUUGUUUCUGGAAGAAGGCAACUGUUCAAGCAUAUACAGAUAUUGGUGGCUUUGAUAACCUCCGUUGGGAUGAUCAACAGAAAAUUAAAGAGAAAUUAAAUGGAAUUGAUUCUGGCACAGCAAGCAAAUCUAAGGGAAAGAAAGGUGGAGCUGCAGAACUAGCUGACUUUGCAGUUGAAUAUGCGAAGUCAAAUCGAAGUACUUGUAAAGCCUGUGACGAGAAAAUUGCCAAGGAUGAUAUCCGUAUUUCAAAGAAGGACUAUGAAAGAGCUGCGGAGAAGAACAUCCCUGGGCCUGUUGAUUUGUGGCACCAUGUAGAAUGCUUCAUUGAACCAGACAGGUUGGAAGAGAUGGGUUGGAAAGAUACAUACUCUGGUGAGCAGUUGUCUGGAUAUAAGACACUGAAGGUAGAUGACCAGAAAGAUUUGAAGAAGAAACUGACACCUAAGAGGAAAGUGUCAGAUGAAACAGAUUCUGUUCCCAAGAAAAAAAUAAAGAUGGAAUUAAGCAAAGAAGAAAAACAACUUAAAUCUCAAAGUGAGUUCUUGUGGAAAAUUCGAGAUCAGUUAUAUCGACAUGUUCCAAAUGAAAAUCUGAAGUAUCUGUUAACUGCAAACAACCAAGAUAUUCCUAGUGGGGAGUCAAAGCUUCUUGAUUAUGUUUCUGAUGGAAUGGCCUUCGGUGCUUUGGAGAACUGUCCAGAAUGCACAAAUGGCCAACUUGUGGUCAGUAGUAGUGGGUAUGGUUAUCAUUGUACUGGCAAUAUCUCAUCCUGGACCAAAUGUCAAUAUAGAAGCCAAGUAGUCAAAAGGAGUAAAUGGAUCAUCCCAGAUGACCUAAAAGAUAUUGAAUAUCUUAAAACAUUCAAAUUCAAGCCUUUCAAUGGUGGUGUGAGAGUGUUUCCACCUGAACCAUCUGCAUCGUCUGCCAGGCCAGGCACUGAUGCUACCAAUGUGAAGACUGAAAAAGAUUUGCCCUUAGAGAAUGCUAAGAUAGUACUCUGCAGUGGCCUUAGUAAAACUUCUAAGGAGUUGAAGAAACAAAUCACCUUGUUAGGUGGAUCCGUUGUCACCAAGGUAGAUGCAAGUGUUGCUUGUGUGAUUGCUACCAAAGAGGAAAUUGAAUCCAUGUCCAAGAAAAUAAAAAAUUCAAGGAUGCAUAAUGUCCAUGUAGUAUCAGAAGAUUUUUUAGAAGAUGUGAAAACUGGGGGCGCUGCACUCAUGAUCAGCAAACAUAGUAUCUGCGACUGGGGUUCCGAUCCUCAUACUCGACUUGUUAAGGAUGAAGUGGAUGGAGCUGGACCUUCAAAGAAAAGCGCUAAAUCAGGAGCUGCAGGAAAAAGUGGAACAAACAUGGUAAAGAUGACUGUAAAGGGAGCAGCCACUGUUGAUCCAGAUUCAAACCUGGAAGCUCAGGCCCAUGUUCUUAAGAUGAAUGAUAAACUGUACAGUGUAACCUUAAGCAUGGUGGAUAUCACAAGGGGCACUAACUCAUACUAUAAGCUUCAACUUCUUGAGGCAGAUAACGGAAAUAAGUACUAUAUUUUCCGUUCAUGGGGGCGUGUUGGUACCAUAAUUGGUGGUAACAAGCUCUCAUCUUUUAGUGAUCGGAGUCAUGCCAUCAGAGACUUUUGCGACGUUUACAAGGAAAAAACUGGAAAUAAAUUUGGGUGCGAAGACUUUGUCAAGAAACCAAAUAAGUUUUUCCCAAUUGAUAUUGACUAUGGAGAGGAGGAAAGCAAGAUUCGGUCAAUGGAUGCGAAAAGUGGAACCAAGUCUUCAUUACCAAGCCCAAUUCAGGAUUUAAUUAGGAGGAUUUUCGAUGUGAAGCUUAUGAAAGAAACACUUUUAGAGUUUGAGAUUGAUCUUCAAAAGAUGCCUUUGGGGAAGCUGUCUAAGAAACAGAUAGACAAUGCUUAUACUGUUCUGUCUGAACUUCAGAAGCAUGUUGAGGAUAAAGCUGGUCCCAAUGCUUUUCUGGAUGCUUCAAACAGAUUCUACACUCUGAUUCCACAUGAUUUUGGACUUCAGAAACCACCUCUUCUGGAUACCUUGGAAGUUAUUAAGAGUAAGUGCCAAAUGUUGGACAGUCUACUGGAAAUAGAAGUUGCAUACAGUUUAUUAAAAGGUGGUGAUGAUGACCAGUCUAAAGAUCCAGUGGAUGUCCAUUACGAGAGCCUCAAGUGCCAAAUGGAGGUCGUAGAGAAAGGGAGUGAUGAGUUUGAUAUGAUAACAACAUAUGUUGCCAAUACCCAUGCAAAAACCCAUAGCAGCUACAAAUUAGAAGUCCUUGAUGUUCUCAAGAUUAAAAGGGAAGGUGAAAGUAAGAGGCACAAACCCUUCCGUAAAUUGCCAAAUCGUUAUCUUCUCUGGCAUGGUUCCAGGACAACCAAUUUUGCUGGCAUCCUCUCACAAGGUCUCAGGAUUGCACCUCCAGAAGCCCCUGUGACUGGUUAUAUGUUUGGAAAAGGGCUUUAUUUUGCUGAUAUGGUCUCCAAGAGUGCCAAUUAUUGUUUCACAUCAUCAAGUAACCCAGUAGGUUUGCUGUUACUGUCAGAGGUGGCACUUGGCAACAUGUAUGAGAAGCUAAGCUCAGAGUACAUCACUAAACUACCACAUGAUAAGCAGAGUACCAAAGGAUGUGGCUCGACAGCACCAGAUUCAACUGGCAACAUUACUCUGGAUAAUGGAACUAUUGUGCCAAUGGGUAAAAGUAUAAAUACAGGUGUUCGAGGAUCACUGCUGUAUAAUGAGUAUAUUGUAUAUGAUGUUGCUCAAGUGGAAAUGAAGUAUUUACUAACGGUGAAGUUCAUCUACAAAUAGAUCGUCAUCAACAAACUGUUUUCGUCUAUUGUGAGGACACUAUAAUUAUGUUGUACAUAUAUGUUGGAAGCUGAGAUAACGGAAUGGAAAUUGUGCUGAUGUAAAGAAUAAUGUCUUUUUGCCAAUGUAUUUCUAGAAAUACAAUACAAAUAUUAUAGGUAUCACCUGCAAGGUAGUUAUUAUUUGUUAGGCCUAUUAGUUAUAGUUAGAAUAAGCAAAUAGCCUUUAUUUGUGUGAUGCAGAAAAUUGGCAUCUAGACCUGCCUGUAAAGCAAAAGUACCCUAGCCACAUUAUUAUUAUUAUUGUUAUUGUUAUUGUUUAAUAUUGUUAUUGUUUUUUUUUUUGGUUUUUUUUUUGGUUUUUUUUUUGGGUUUCACCCACUUUUAUUCAACAAUGAUAUAGGCAUAUACAUAUCAUAUACAUAGGCAUAUUUUCAGUUUUCCUCCCCUUUUUUCCUUUUUACCUUCCUUUCAUUUUUUAUUAUAACUUAAAAAUCUUUAAUUAUUAUUAUUAUUAUUAUUAUUAUUGUUGUUGUUGUUAUUAUUAUUAUUAUUAUUAUUAUUAUUAUUAUUAUUAUUAUUUUGUUAAAAUAUAUUCUUUCAUUUUCUUAUUCUUGCACUAUGUUCACUUUUUCUGGUAGUAACAAGACUUAUGUGAAUAUUACAUUACCUUAUAUACCUGCAGUAUAAUCAUCUGCCCAACAUUUUUUAUUCUAUUAUAGUAUUAAGACUGAUGAAUAAAAGAGAAAAAAAAAAAAGGGUCUUAGCACAAAAUGAGACACAUCGUUGAUGAGAGUAUAUAAACAUAUGUAAUUGCCAACAUAGGUCAAAAUCAAUAUUUUCAUUAAAUAUUGGUCUUAAAGUUAAAAUAAGUUGUUCUCUAAGAUUUUGUGCUUCUCUUUCUAUUGUUACUCUAAUUUAUCUUUAAAUGCAUAUUUUUUUCAAAAUGAGAGUCCCAUAUAUCUAAACUGUAAAUGAAUAAAAUAGAAAAAAGAAAAACUUCAAAUAAAUAAGAGAAAAGAAGUUCUUACCACAAAAUGAGACACAACGUUGAUGAGAGUAUAUCAACGUAAUUACCAACAUAGGUCAAAGUCAAUAUUUUCAUUAAAUAUUGGUCUUGAUUUUAAAGUUUGUUGAAAUAUUGUUAUGGUAGUAUACUUCUAAAUUGAUCUUUAAGAUUUUGUGCUUCUAUUUCUAUUAUUUGUUUAUUGUUACUCUAAUUUAUCUUUAAAGGCAUCAAAUAAGAGUUCCAUAUAUCUAAACAUUAAAAGCUCACAUCUCCAUAUCUUCGUAUUAAAAGAAAGUCAUUAAGGACCUCACAUAUAUGCAGGACUACAGUACAUCUUUGAUUAUUCAUUCAUUCAUUCAUUUUUUUAAUUUUUUUUAAAGACUCUUGAAUUGUAUUGCUUAUGAGCCCAUCAUGCAUGGUCCUUAUAGUUUAUUAUAAUAUGGAUUGUAAAUAUUAUUAAAAAAAACAAAAACAAAAACAAAACUACAGCUUUGGUGACAACCUGAAUUUAAUAUCACAUAUCAAAUACAAAUGCUGUAGUAAGCUUACUGACACAUGUUUUGUAAGGUUUUUGUGUAGCCCUCCUAAAGUAAAAUUAAUAUGAACCUUUUGCAGAAUUUUUUUUUGUUAAAAUAUGUUAUAGCAUUGAACUAAAAGAGAAUCAUUUCAAUAUGUUACAUGCAGAACAUGGCUUGCACCAUGGAAACUUGUAUUUCGAAGAUGAAUUAAACUCUUUACAGUUGAUUUA